UCAAAAUCAGUGCAAUGUAAUAUUGACACGGCUUACUAAAGAAAUUGUUUAUGUUGUUUUUUUUUUUUACUAGAAUCUAACAAAAUCGAAUUAAAUUCUGUGUCCAAUCACAAGUUUUCCUCACACAAUGAACGACGAUCACGAUGCACGCACAAUACAUUGCGGUAAUUUAUAUGCCGACAAAAUCACCGAAGAAUUACUUUAUGAACUGUUUGUACAGGCCGGUCCACUGGAGCGCGUGGCAAUACCGAAAGACAACGGCAAAAAUCGGCAGUAUGCUUUCGUCACCUAUAAACAUGUAUGCUCCGUGCCAUACGCAAUGUCCAUAUUCGCGGGAACAAAACUGUUUAACCGAGAGCUACGACUGAACAAUCGCUGUUUGAACCGAAACAAUAACAAUGAAACCAAUCAAACACGUGGUCAAAAUGCACACGUACCGCCGCCAGUAUUGCCAAAUAUUCCACCAACCCAUCAAUUUCAAAUGCAAAAUCCAUUCGGAAACAAUGCGUUACGUAGUGGUGGCGGCGAUAAUAAUCAGCAUCGUGGUUCAAUGAAUCAAAACAACAAAAUGAUGCCUUCUGCACCGAUCCAACAGUUGCAAUUCCCACCGAAUUCACAGCUUGAUUUUGCGAUGCUUUUGGCACAAAGUGCACAGAUGUUGUCGUAUGCAAAUGGUCUUGGAGCAAAUAACGGUGGUGGUGAUGGUGGUAAUGACAACAAUGGUUCACAGAAACGUCAAUCGAAAAUGACGCAUCGUCAGGAACAUCGUUCACACAAUCAAAAUAGCAACUAUUCGCGCGAUAGAGAUCGACGAAAAAAUCACAGUCGGUCAAAAAGCCCGAAUCCAACUGAUUGGAUUCGGAAUCAAGGGAGAGAAGAUAGUAGGUCUAAUCGACAUGGACGUGACCGUGAUCGCGACCGUGACAGAGGCCGAAACCAAAGAAAUGAUAACAGCCGACGCAGAAACGAUAGGCGAUAAACGGAAUGCGGGAGAUUUGGCGAAUGAGAUUUUAUAUUUCUAUAGUUGCUUGACAGAGCUUGAUAUGUUGUAUUCGAUUCAUCCAUUACCUUACACCAUAUUAAUAAUGAAUGCAUUCAAAGUUAUGAUUGAUGCAAUAAAACUUGUAAAUCAAAUACCGAUAAAAAAAAAUUUCAUUAAGAAGUAAAAAUUAAAUAAAACGAGAAUUUGUCUCAUUGAUUGCCGAAAA